AUGGCACACGUUGAUUGUGUGAAUAAUUUUGAGAAUGAUCCAAAAGUUGCCCUAGGAAACAAGGAUGAAAGUGAAAGUGGUCCUCCUUCGAAAAAAUUACGACAAGCUCGAUUACCUUUCAAACCUUUGGAACAGAAAUCCCAGAUUGUUUCACCACAGGGACCGAAAAAGAGAAAACUCUCUGAUGGCGAAUCUCCUAGUGCCAAACUACACAAGAAUCACAAACAGGAACGCCAGCCAUCUGGGGAAAACAAACCACUUACUACUAACUGUAUAGUUGAUCAUGAUCCUGAGGUUAGUUCCAGCUCAGAGGCAGAAAAUAUUCCUGUGGGAAACUCGAGUCGCAUUCGUAAUACCCUGGAGCGCUUUGUGAGAAAAUGUCCCCAGGAAGAGAUCAGCUCUACUAAUGAUUGUAUUGAUCUUGUGGAGAAAAAUGAUUCAACUGGCAAUGAUGCUGAGGGACAGGAAAAGACUGAUGAUACUGAGAAAGACUUGAAGAAUGAUUUAGAGAAAAAUCCUGCUAACCCAGAAAACCUAAACAAGUCAGAUAAGGGACCCUCAAAUGAUGAACAUAAAGAUUUAAUUGUAAAUUCAGAGGAUGCAUUUGUAUCUUGUACUGAAGAAAAAGAAGGUAAUGAGAAAGAUAGUGAGAUAAUUCCAUUAAAAGAUGAUUCAGAAACACAGCCAAGGAAUCAACAGAAAGUCACUGCUGAUGUUUCAGCAGAUAAGGAAAAAUGUACUUCUCUUGAUAUUACAAAGGAAACCAGAGAUUCUUCAAUGGAUGAAGAAGAUGUAUCUUCAUCACAAGAUGUAAACUUGGAGACUCCUGCCAAAAUUAAGCAAUCUGAUGACUCUGCACCUCAGACCCCAAAAGUAAAUCCAAUCAUUUCUGCAAGCCCAACAUCUACACCAGGAGAGAUAACUGCAUGUCCAAAGACACCCAGUGUAGACAGUCCAAGCAGCUGCAGUGAUGGAACACCCAAGUCUGGGAAAAAAGGAGUCCGAUCAAAGCUGUCUGCAGCAAAAAUGAAAGAAAAAGAAGCUCUGCGUCAAAAGAUUAAAGAAGAGAAAGAAAAGAAAUUAGAAGAGAAGAGACUUAAAAAAGAGGAGGAACGCCUUGAAAGAGAAGAGAAAAAGAAAGAGAGAGAAGAAGCUAAAGCCCUCAAAGAAAAACAGAGAGAAGAAGAAAAGGAAAGGAAGGAGAAGGAAAGACAAGAAAAGUUGCUGUUGAAAGAGGAAGAAAAGAAGAAAAAACAAGAACAGACUGAAGCAAAAUUGGAGGAAAAAAGGAAGAAAGAUGAAGAACUCAAGCUCAAGAAAGAAGAGAAAUUAAAAGAAGAAGAAGAAAAGGUGAAGAAAGCAUCGAAGACAAAGCAGGCUUUCCAGAGUUUCUUCAUCAACAAACAGAGGGUCUCUCCGGUCUCAAAGGUAAAUGAAACUAAAAGUUUGUUCAUGCCAUUUGAAGUCAAGAAAGACAUGAAACUUGCCCCAUCGUGUCCCAGGAAACAAUUGGACAUUGAAGCAGCAGCAACAUUGGACCAGCUCUCUUUUAAACAGGUCAGUAAUGCUUCUGACAGCCUCUUAUAUGUUGAGGAACUCCGAACUGGCAAAUUACAGCCCAAAAAGUUCCGAGCAGUUGACAGGAAAAAAAAUAAAGUUGAUGAUGAUGUGAUGCUUGUUCAUGACUCAGAAGUGGUGAAAAAGGUCACAUAUCAUUGUAAACUGCUGCAGUUCCAUACAAACUACAGACCUCCUUACUAUGGAACGUGGAGGAAAAAGAGUAAUGUUAUCAGUCCAAGGAAUCCAUGGAAACAAGACAAGGAUUUGUUUGACUAUGAGGUAGAGAGUGAUGAUGAAUGGGAGGAGGAGGAGCCAGGAGAAAGCUUAUCUGGAUCAGAGGGAGAAGAAGAGGAAGAAGGUGCUGAUGGGGAGGAAGAAGAUGACUGGAUGGUUCCUCAUGGUUACUUAUCAGAUGAUGAGGGAUGUCAGGCUGAUGAAGAUGUUAGCCCAGAGAUGAUGAAGGCAGCAAGACAGGCCAAGCUUGAAUCCUGGGAAAGUGAGCUGAAGCGCCAGACAAAAGCUGCACUGCCCAUCAUCAUUGGUUGUGUUUGGGAACAAGCUUUACACAGUCUGCAGAAACAAGUUCAAGAAACAAUGGACAGUUACCAGGCUGUGUGUUUGAGUGCUGAUCCUAUACCAACCACAUACAGUGGAGCUAAUAACAGUAAACUGGACAGUUCACCCUCGGACAAGAAUAUCGGCACACCCAAAAAUGGAAUGAGAAAACCUGUCCCAGAGGAAGCAAUGCCAGAUUUGAUUCGUUUGGUCCAUGGAAACUUGGCUGGAAUCAAGAAACUGAUAAAAAAGUUCCGAACUUUUUGGGGACAAAAAAUAUCUGGUGAAGCAAUCCCAUCAACACCUACUGAAUCAAAGAUGGAGGUCGAUACUCCAGAUAUGAAAGAUGAGGAUGCUCCCAAUGAUAAAGCUGCCAUGGAUACAUCGGAGAUCACCGAGGAUGUGAACGCAUACUGUAUAUCAAAGCGACAGCUGGAACUUAAGAUAUCAGCUAUAGCUGUGCGUGAGAAGCGUGCAGCAUACAAGAAAGUCUGUUGGUACGUACAUGACAACAUUCUUGAACAGUACAAACUUACUGACCUUCCUGUGCCUAACAUACAUGAGAGUGACAGUGAACCACCUAAACCCAAGUGUGAAGAACAAACCACACCCACCACCUCACUCAAAACACCCAAGGUAUCCAUUACCCAAUUUGCAAGACCAAUGUCUCCAUCAGAGAUUGCAGCCCAGCAUGCUGCUGUUGCAGCAAAACAAGCUGCAGAAGCAACUGCAAGGUUGGCAGCAUUAGAAGCUGCUUCAAAACAGGCAGCGCUUGAGGCAGCAGCAAAACAGCAGGCAAUGGAAGCAGCAAUGCGCCAGGCAGCUGCAGUGAAUGCUGCACAACUGGGCAGUAUGCAGGUGAUCCCAGGGACGUCAUUUACUUCUCCACAGCAGAAAACUCAUGCUAUCUAUACAUCACCGUCUCAUGCUAACUUCAAUAAGGCCAUGUCGCCAAGGGUUGUGUUACCUGGAGGUUCUCCUCUAACAGCCAAAGCCUCUCCAGAGAAUCAGAGAAAGAGAAUUGUUCCUACAAUGUUAUCUCCCCUUUCUCAGAAAUCGUUGCAGAGUCCUCCUGUGGCAAAAAGUGAAUCACAAAUGAAGAGAGUUCCGACUAUGAUUUCGCCAAGUAAUCCUCAAAAGAAGAUGACUCCACCAGGGAUACCAGGUGAUAACCAACAGAAGAGGAUAGUUCCUACUAUGUUAUCUCCACAACACUCGAAGACAGCUAUGAAAACAGAUUUGCCUUUCAACACAGUCAACACAAUCAAACCAAGUGUAAGACCUGUAAAUAAACCCAAUGUUGAAUCUCCGGGCCAAACAAAGCCAAAUAACGCCUUAUCUGCCCAUUCGAAGAGCUCUGUUAGACCAAUGGUGAAAAUCAGAUCCUCACCAGCCGGUCCUAAUAAAACAAAACAAGUGUUUCGACCUGUAGUGGAAGGCCGUGAUUUAGAGAACGCUAUUGUCAUAGAUUGA